AUGGGGGAAAAAGGAACAGACGUUGAGCUUCGAGAUUUCUCGGAACAAUCUCUCCCAAUACCAGAACUCAAAGUAACUGGCCCUGAAGCAAGACACCUAAACACCGUGGAAAUUAUAAAGUCUGAUCUGCAUUAUAUAAGGGGAUUUCACAAUGCAAAAGAGACUUUACAACCAGCAGAGUUGGUCGUGACUGGUGAACUUCCCACAUGGCUGAAUGGUGAAUUAUUCACCGUCGGACCUGGAAUUUACGAUGUUAAAUAUAAUAAGAUGAUAGAACUUGGGAACGGGCAAUACGAGAGCGGAACAGCUACAUUUUCAAUGGGACAUUGGUUCGAUGGUCUCCCACUGCUAAAUCGCUUUAUAUUGGAUGGAACAAACAACAAAAUAAUUUAUCGGUCGAGAUUGAUUGCUAAGAAGCAAGAAGAAAAAAUACGCGACAGACACGGAAUUAUUACCACGCAUCCUUAUUCGCUAUUUAAGACUCAUGCAAAUCAAACUCCGUUGGCAAAGCUAAUGGUCAAGAGGCGUCCCACAAAACCGGAACAAGAACCAUGUAGUGCAAGCAUCCACGUUAACUUUCCGCUAAACGUGCCGGGAGAACGGCCCAAGAUAUUUUGUCAGAAUCAUUCAACCCAGGUCGUAGAACUGGAUGCUCACGACUUGACUCCGACGCGUUUGUGGUCAUGGAACGACUUAAACCCAUCCUUUCAAGGCGUACAUGCUGGACCCCAUUCGCACUACGACGCUACAAGAGGAGAGUUAAUAAACUUCAACAUGGAAUACCACGCGUUAGGAACCAAAUACAACUUUUUCAUGAUUUCCCAAAAAAAUCCAAAAGGAGAACUUAUUGCAAGCGUUACGGCAAAGUCAUCGUACGUGCAUAGUUUUGCAGUCACUCCGCGUUUCAUUAUCUUGACGCUUUACCCAUUCUACGCCAAGAACGCUGGAUUAAAUGUUAAAUGGGUCGAUAACAUCAUGGAUGCGUUUGUAUUUCGCCCAGAGGAGCCCACUCUUUUCUAUGUUAUAUCAAGAGCCAAAAAACAGCAUGUCGCCACAUAUAAAUCAGAUCCUUGUUUCGCAUUUCAUCACAUAAACGCCUUUGAAGACGAUGAUGACAACAUUUACAUCGACAUUGCAAGUUACGAAGAUAGCGCAAUCACAAACUACCUGACUCUUGAAAGUUUACGUCAAGGUUUUCUCGUCGAUCUACCAUUAGCCGAAAUACGUAGAUUCGUGCUAACAAACAUCCAAUUGGAAUCCAUAAAAUUCACAAACAUUCCGCAAGCGACACAAAGAGAGGUUCUUCAGAACACGGUUGCGAACUUGUUUAGGGCACGUCCGACUAAUGUACAAGGGGAUAUCCACUCGUAUCCCGUCGCUAACUAUUCAAGGUGUGCGGACUCGGCGCUCGAGUUGCCAAGGAUUAAUCCACGCUAUCAAAGAAAUCGAUAUCGAUAUGUUUACGGAAUUAGCUUUUCAGAGAAAGCUGCAACAAACCCAGGGGAGAUAUGGGAUGCGUUGAUCAAAUGUGAUCUGGAAAACAAAGAUGUAGUUGCAAUGUGGUGUUCUGACUUCUGUUAUCCGUCAGAGCCAAUGUUCAUUCCCGUUCCCAAUAUAGACAGUGACGAAGACGAUGGAGUGAUCGUCAGCGUUAUUUUUAAUGGAAAAGAAGAGAAGAGUUUCCUACUCGUUUUAGAGGCGAAGGAGUUGAAAGAAAUUGCUAGGGUUGAUCUGCCGCAAGUGAUUCCGUUAUCUUUCGGACACGGUGCCUACAAAGAGACACCGAAAGAAUGA